UUCCAAAGGUGCGUUCUUGGAUGAACGGAACGGAUCACAACUCGACCCUGUCGAGACCACGUUCGACUGAAGUCAUCACUGCAAAUGGCAUCAAUGGUACCAUUCCGAAUGGCCGGCUGCACAACGGCACCAAUGGAAUGAACGGUGUAGUCACACGCGGACCCGGUGGUUUACAUGAGGACCUAGAGUUCCCGCCCACUCCGAGAACACUGUCCAAAAAGAAGCAGAUUGUGUGGAUGAGACCGCAUGACAUGUGUGGUCGUCCUCAGUUUCGUCUAUCUGCACCGGGCACUCCACUGACGUCGCGAGAACUUCCGGAACCGGUUGGACCAGGAGAUCCUAGUUUGUUGGCAGCUCUGGGAUGUCUAUCGCAAUUGCCGAGACUGCUGGAAAGAGUUGUCCCACCGGAACAGACAUUCGAUACCUCUAAUGGCUACUGUGGAAUGUUCAAAUUCCGCUUCUGGCAGUGGGGAAAGUGGAUCGAGGUUCGAGUAGACGACCGGCUACCAACGCGAGGAGACCGACCAGCUCACAUGCACUGCUCCCAGCCGGACAUUUUCUGGGUUGCACUGCUGGAGAAAGCUUAUGCCAAAUUAUACGGAGGAUAUGCAUUUCUAAAGUUCGGAACGGUGGGCCGAGCACUGCAGGAUCUUACCGGAGCAGUUGUGCAGAGUGUUCCCCCAAGUGGACCACUGCUGGGGGGAGCUGUACCGAGAUCAACCUUAUUAGUAGCAAUUAGUGGAGUGGAGAAGGAAACCAAACGACGGCGCUCGGGACUGCUCUCGGAGCACCCAUACAGUGUAACGGGUUUGGCCCGGGUACGUGCCAACUCAUCCGAUUCUUCGCAAGCUAGCGGUCAGUCGGGUGACACUAGCUUGAUCAGAUUGCGAAGCCCGUGGAUCGGUGGUGAAUGGGGAGGAGUAUGGUGUGGAGCUUGGUCAGAGCGUAGUUGGGAAUGGAAUGCGCUCAAUGAACGAGAUCGUGAACUACUUUCAUCUAGAUCGUCGAAUGAUUGUGAGUUCUGGAUGUCGGUCAGUGAAUUUCUGUCGAGGUUUGUGGUUAUUUGGUUGGCGCACAUUGGGCCGGAUGAUUGGGCGUUGGAACCAGGUCUACACACAAGAACGCCGUGGAGAGCUGCUCUGGCAGUACGUCAAUGGCGAGCAGGAUUCAAUGCAGGGGGACCCCACAAAUUCAUCGAAACGACGGCGACUAAUCCACAGUUCAGAAUACGGGUACCAUCGGGACAUCCUGCUAAGGCACAUGUUGUCGUUGCGGUUGCUCAAAAGUACGAGUGCUACCGGAGUAGGCACUACGAAGAUGAAGAGAUAGGUUUCACGAUCUAUGAAGUACCACCAGGGAUGCAACGGGUUACACCUCAAUACGUAAGCGAGCAAAUGCCAUUGGAUUUUGCUCCCUUGUCCAAUCUGAGAGAAAUUGCUACCUUUUUUGCGCUGCCCGCCGGAGAUUUCGUAGUUAUGCCUCACUCCCAGCAACAUCGAGAGGGUCGAUUUUUGUUACGAAUUUUUGCAGACCAACACACCGAUGUUUGGGAAGUGAAUGAGGAAAAUCUGGUGAUCAAUAACAUUGCUGCCGAGUUUUGCGACGAGCGAACUAUUGAUGCUAGAAUCCUGUUCAAACUACGCACCAGAUAUCCCCACGAAAUAGACGCACCUCAACUGCAAGCGAUCCUUAAAGCACACGGCGGAAAUAAUCGCGGAUUCCGCGGCCUUGGUGGAAUCAACUGUGGCCCUUCGCUGGAACUUUGCCGUGGAAUGUUAGCUUUGCGAGAUCCUGCCCUAGGUGGCCGAUUAUCCAUCGAACACGUUCCGGCCCUGAUAGGACUGAUGCGCUUCUGGAAAGCUGCCUUCCGACGCUGUGGACCGUCGUCUUCCGGGACGGCUACCCUCAGUCGGGGCAUUUGGGCUUCCAAGGUGUCCUCGUACUGUUUAAGAGGUCUCCUAUGGGCCGGUGGAUCCACCGCUAGCAAUAAAGUACUGGAAGCGUUAGUUAGUAGAUUUACGCGAAAUCGACAGAUCACCCUCGAAGGAUACUUGCUGUCGAUGGCGCGACUUCAUUUAGCUCAUGAACGAUACCAUAGCUUGGAUGCCAAAGCGAAAGCUAGCCCUUUGUCGCUGGAAGAGAUGAUCCUGAUGACGAUUUACUCUUGAGAGCGUUUGAAAAGAUGAUAGAAUGCUAGCAGAGAACCAAAGACACCAACGUACGACGACACUACGAACUAGAGUAACCAACGACCAGCUGGGAAGCAAUGCAAUAUCUACAAAAAUACUGUAUUAGCCAACAUUGACUAUAGCUGUUCUAUUCAGAUCCACUAGUGAUAGUUUUUACUAAGCCGGAAGAUAUAUCAUACUGAACUAUAAGCUAAAAGCCUAAAAAACUGGAAUAUUCUGUUACAAGUAUCUUAGAACGGAAAGUAUUAUCAAAAAUGAAUUUCUAUGUGAGUUAACAUUAAUAAUAAUAAUUUAUAUAACGAUAGAGUAAAACUAAACUGAAAGUUAACAUUUAUUUUUAUAAAAGAGUAUAUAAUAUU